AUGGACCAUCUACAGUCCAACAUUUUCAUCGCUGGCCAAAGACUUAAUGACUUGACUGGCUACUCGGGCAUCGAGGCUCUGAAGAAGGACAUCGAGCAACAAGAGAUUCAUGUUCAAACUACUCGAACAACCUUGCAGAAGGCAAAAGAGGAUUAUACUCUAGCUAUAAGCCAGCGCUCCCGCUCUCAGCGCGAAGUAAACGAACUCCUGCAGCGAAAGCACGCCUGGACUCCCAAUGACCUAGAGCGCUUCACGGAGCUCUACCGCUCAGACCACGCGAACGAGCAAGCUGAAACUGCCGCCCAAGACAAUCUGUUGACGAUAGAGCGGCGGGCAGAGGAGGCAGCAGCGAAGUUGAGCGCGAGCAUAUUGGCUAGGUAUCACGAAGAGCAGAUCUGGAGUGACAAGAUACGGAGGAUGAGUACUUGGGGAACUUGGGGACUGAUGGGGGUGAAUGUGUUGCUGUUUUUGGUGUUCCAGAUUGGAGUUGAGCCAUGGAGGAGGAAGAGGCUGGUGAAAGGUUUCGAGGAUAAAGUGAUGGAGGCGCUAGAAAAGGAAGGCUCACCUGUUGGAGCAACGCCAACAGAGGCUCAGAUGGCCCAAGGGGCGACUUCCGCCGAGACGCAAGAAGCCCAGGAAGAGAUAGUGCCAGCAAAUGUUGAGGACGCACAGAUACCAGCAGCUGCAGAUCCUUCAAUAGAAGCGCCGCUGCCACUACAGGAAGACAUACCGUUCGAAGUCGUACCCAUGGAGUCUUCCAGCGGCUCGAAGCCAGAUCUGCUCGCACAACCACAGGUUCCUACAUGGACAUUCGACAGUAUCAAAGAAUGGAUACGAGACUUGUUCAGUGAGCGACAGGUUGUGCUCCGGCGCUUAGAUGUGACCACAGCGGCUUUUGAGGGCGCUGCAGUCGGAGUGGCAUUUGGCGGAGUGAUCGUGCUGCUGUUACGGCUCAGGUCAUGA